AUGCCUGGCCGCACGGAGCGACCUGUUGCGGGUCGCUGCGGCGCCUCCACGACCCGCGACGCCUCCACGAAGAAGGGCGCGCCGCCUGCCGGACGAAGUGGCCUCUUCGGCGAAGCCGGUGGCGACGGCGACCUCGCAGAUGGCCGUCAGGCGAAGGCCCGCGCAGCCCCCACGCGGCGGCCCCGUGCAUCCUCGGCGCCCCCGCGGCCGGUUCCUCGCAGACGGCGACUCCAGCAGCCGUGGCCGGCGCCAACACCAGGACCCUUCCACAUCGAGGUUCCCCACGCACGGAUCCGGCCCUCAGGAUCUGGCAGAAACAAUAACAGAUCGAGGCAUUUGGGCUGGAGGGGGGAAGGUGUAGAGAGAGGAGGGAAGGACGAGGAUGGAAGCCUUUUUGAGCCCCUUCCCCUGGCCGCCGCCGCCACCGACGAGGAGGCGUGGUGCCACGGCGGCGAUGGCGGCUAG